AUGAGCAAACGAACAGGCCGUAAUGAAUGUAGAAGACUCAUAUCAUUGCCAGAGCUCCCUGUUUCUCUCAAAUCCCUUAAGGCAGGAGGUUGUGACUCACUGGAGACCGUGUUUUUCCCUUUGAAUCACACUCCAGAUGCAACACUCGAUUUCACCAACUGUUUCAGAUUGGGCGAACAAGCACGGAGAGAAAUCAUCCAACGGUCCUUUUCUUACGAAUGGGCUAUCUUCCCCGGAAGACAAGUACCCGCAGAGUUUAGUCACCGAGCCAGAGGAAAUUCAUACACCAUUACAAGUCCAGUUGGUGGUAACCCUCCUCUUUCUUCUUUAUCUAGAUUGAAGCUUUGCGGUGUGGUGUCACCUAACUAG